AAAAUAUUGCGUUAUCUUUCAAGGUCACCUGCAGAAUCACAGCGAUAUCAUAUCACGAUUAAUGGUGAAUUAAAACACUAACAAGAUAAUUCAUGCUCAAGAUCUGCUUCCAUCAGUGUACAUUCAUCAUUAUAGUAACCGGCUCACUGUGUUACGUGAAAAUUAGACGCUCACAAUGAGUUAUCCUGUGGCUGUGAUCGUUUAUUCAAUUAGAUCAAGAAUUCUGUAUUUAAGAAAAUGCGACUUAAAUCUUGGGAUUUUGGCUCACGAAAAGUGGAUAAUUUUGACGGCAUGAUGUUAUUCUCGUGCAAUGUGGAUCCAUUUUUAUCAUGGUCUGUUAAAGGCUCCGUUUACAAAGAAAAAUGGAUUCCUGUAACUCCACACGCCGCUAGUGGUUUCCUUAUCUCUGAUUGUAAUUCACCAGUGAAUUCCACAUGGUCAUUUGAUUUAGAGUUAGAAAGCGAAUCUGGUUCAGAAAAGUCGGAUACUUCUUUCUCUUUGUUUCCUGAUUACCAAAAUGAUGAAGGUUUACUUUGUCUUCCAGUGUCUUCGAUUACCGGCGUUUUGGAUGAAAUUUAUUUGUAUUAUGUAUUUGUUUAUGGUUACACAUGGCCUAAUACGAAUUGUGAGGCACCGCUCACCUUAAGUCUUUCUGCAGUCAAACCAUGUGACACUCAAAAUUUAGCUAUCCAACAACCGAUGAUAGUUGGUCACGCUGGUGCCGGUGUUAAGCGUGAACACUACGGCAGAGGUCUAGAGUGGCCUGAAAAUACAAUAUGUGCCUUUCGACGUGCUGAACAACUGGGAGUAAAGAUGGUUGAAUGUGAUGCUAGUCUUACAAAGGACUUUGAAGUUGUUUUACACCAUAAUUUUACUCUAGGAGUCUCGGAACAAUUGAAAUCUGAAAGUGACUCACCUACGUUCGUCUUGGAACAUAAACCUGAUGGCGUGGUAAACCAAGAUAGCACAGAUUUAAUUGUAAACUACUCUCUAUCCGAAAUUCGCGAAUUGUUAAAUAAAGUUGACCAGUCUCCUGUCGUUAAUCAGAGUAAAUAUCCAGAACUUUUAGCCUUGAUUGGUCCUAUGAUGGAUAUUCAAAGCAGUGAAGCUGCACCGGUCCCAUUACUAAAAGAUGCAUUUCAGCAGACUUCCACAAAUCUAGCUUUUAAUGUAGAGAUAAAGUAUCCGCCGGAAACUCCUUUGAGUGCCAUUGCUGAAGAAUGUGUCAAAAACAAAACCAUAGACUCUUCUUUACCCGCACCGUAUACAUACUUCUCAAAAAUCAAUAAGUUUUGCGACAAAGUACUGGAUACAAUAUGGUUAAACGCUGGACCCAGAUAUGUCAUCCUGUCUUCAUUCAAUCCAGAUGUAUGCCUGGCUUUGAGACUAAAACAGUCUUUCCUACCAGUGUUGUUUAUUUCACGUGGUGGUCAUCCGUGUAAUAAUAGCCACAGAACAGAUCCUCGACAUAAUAAUGUAUACUCGGCUAUAAACUGGGCGCAUAUAAUGAAUCUAAACGGAGUUGUUACAGUGGGACAUCAUUUUGGUUCAACAAACGAUGUUGAAAAAGUACAGGCAGAAUCACUUGCCGCAUAUUUGGAGCACAAACAACUUGCUUGCUUUGUGUACGGUGAAGGUGUAUCAAAUAUGAAUUUCUUUAGAGAAGCAUCACAACUUGGCUUGACAGGAGUAAUAGUCGACCGAUUAGAUGAAUUCAUGCAUGAAUACUGCGAACAAUACAAAAAAGAAAGCAGACAAACGAUUUGAACAUUCAUCUAUCUUUGGAAUACAUACUCUUUUUUGAUUCAACUAAUACUCUACACUGUAACUGGAAUGCCUGUGACCUCUUGAGAGUAACAGCAUAAAAGUAGUAAACAUACACUUUUUUCUUUGUUGCAAUGUGCACAAUUUUAAAUGAUUAAAAUCUGACAAACAGUCCCUGGGAAUUAUUUACAUUUGCAUAGAUCAUAGUUUGUGCGAUUUUCAAAUAAAUAAAUAAAUGAAUAUACAUG